UCUAUCAAAAUAUGUUUUCUUCAAUGAACAUUUCACGGUUACUUUAUUUUUUAGAUCACAAUUUUAACAAUAUUAGAAAACACACAAUGGACAGCACAAGAAUGAUAAAGUGUGUAACUAAAUGCAUCCCACCUUUAGAUGGUAACAAACACAAAGGUCAAGCGGGCAGGAUAGGUGUCGUAGGUGGUUCCCUAGAAUACACGGGAGCUCCAUAUUUUGCUGGGAUAAGUGCUCUAAAAGUUGGUGCUGAUUUAGUACAUAUAUUCUGUACCACACCAGCAGCCACAGUUAUAAAAUCAUACAGUCCAGAAUUAAUAGUUCACCCAUUGUUAGAUAGGCCAAAAGCAUUAGCCGAAAUAUCUCCAUGGCUUGACAGACUACAUGCUAUUGUAAUUGGACCUGGAUUAGGUAGAGAACCAGACACAUUCAAAGUAGUUUCAGAUCUCAUAAGAACAAUUAGAAAUUGUAAAAUACCCCUUGUCAUAGAUGCUGAUGGAUUGUUCCUAAUAACAGAAAAUCCUGAUCUGUUAAAAGACUUUUCAUCUCCAGUGGUGUUAACACCAAACAAAAUAGAGUUUGAAAGACUUUGCAAUAAACCAAAUGGGUCAUCAGGAUUGACACAAUUGGGUAAAAAUAUACUUGUCUUUAGAAAAGGGGCUACAGAUGAAACGUUCAGUGGAAAUCAUGAAAUUCAAUGGAAAUCUGACAUUGGUGGGUCUGGACGUAGGUGCGGUGGACAGGGAGACAUUCUAUCCGGGUCCAUUGCUACAUUUUUGCACUGGACACUUAGUAAUCAUGAUACAAUUGAUAUCAUAAAUGAAGAUAAACUAAUGGCAGCAGCUUCACUGUCAUGUUAUGCUGCUUCAAGACUUGUGAGGUGUUGCAAUGAAAAAUCAUUCAAAACAAAAGGUCGCAGUAUGUUAGCAACAGACAUGAUAGAACAUAUCCAUGAGGCAUUUGAAGAACUUUUUCAACAGUAAGAUUUUUGUACGGGAUAAAUUUUUUUAACAUUAGUAACAUAAGAAUAAUAAUUGUAAGAUUGGUUGCUUAAUUAAACAUAUUGUUCAUGCUGUAUAAAUAAGUAUAAAAAAAUAUGUUAUUUAUGUGAAUUUAUGUUUUAUAUUGAUAUUUGAAUAAAUUUGGCUAAUCAAAUUAGUGUGUAUAUGCAUACUGCAGUAAGUAAGUAGUUAAAGCAUUAACAUAAAUAUAUUUCUAGGAUGUUUUUUUUCCAGAAGAUAAUUAUAUGAAAGCAAUUUAUAACUUAUCUUACUAGUCUUACAGCACAGCUUUACUUUAGUGAUUUAUUCCUACAGUAAAGAUUAGGGUUCCUGAUUGGAUUAGUAAGUGAAUCAAAACAGUGUGCAUUUUCUACUACAUUUAUUUGCCUAGCCCUUCUUGCUUUAAUGCCCCUUCUUGCACAACCAACUUUCAUUGCAAUAGAUAAGGGGGGUCAAUAUACCUCAGAAGAGCUUGUUUUGAACUCAUAAAAGCAUGCAACACUCCAUUAAUAAAUGUUCUCUGCCUUCAAUCUUCUUUUAACAUUCCAAUAACCAUCUGCUGUAACACCAAUCAAAGAUAUAUUAACUCUUUCCCUUGCUACACUCUUUCUACUCCAAUCAAAAGCUGUAACCCUUUGGCAAAUGACACCAAUAUAUUCUGGCAAACAUUUUAGUCCAAGAUCCCAGAGCCGUAAGACACAACUUAUUUUCUAAAGAAUGGAUCUUUCGAUUCUCAGUAGUCUUUCAUGUACUUUUAAUACCUGCAUGUUUGUGAGACUUGCCCGGUGACACCUGCGCAGGUACCAGGCGAGAAAGGUAACUAAAAAUCACAGUUACUUAACCUUUUCAGCGCCAAAGUCUGAUAUAUCAGACGUUUAAGUUUCGUGCCCUCGCCGCCAAAGUCUGAUAUAUCAGUCAAAUAAAUCUUACCAAUUUAGCUGUAUUUUUUCUUAUCUUUAUAGUACCUGACGACAUAUGCAUAACAUUUUUAGACAGUUCAUACUUUAGUUAAUCAAAAAUAACAAUUUCACGAUUUAUUAUAAUGUUAUUUGAAUAAUAAAUUAUCAAAAACAAAACCAUGUUUAUCAGAGAUUCUGACUUUUUUUUUUAUUUGAACCCUCAGCGCCAAUGUCUUAUAUAUCAGACAUUAGUGAUGUUACAUUACAAUGUUACUACUUAAACCAGAAAUCUGGAACUCUCAAAAGAAACGUCUAAGAAAUUAAAAAUAUUACAGGUUUUUGUUUUGGCCAUAAAACUUUUUAGUGUGUCGUAAUUUUACCAAGUUUUAGCACAGAAAAUGCAUUUAUUUUCAAAUGAUGUUUUGCAUCGAACUCAGUAAAUUGCAUGGUAUGUCACAACACUAUAGCGACACGAUCAUGCAUCUGUCUCGUACGCCAACGACUGAUAUAUAAGACGCGGAAGUGACGUCAGAGGCGUUAGAUGUUUCUAGAACUAUUUAUUUCGUGCUGUACAAUGAGGGUAGGAGGUAUCGAUAAAUUAUGGAAGUACCCUGUCAUGUUAUUUUCUGGGUUAUCAUCUCUGCGUUGCUGUGUAGAUUUAUUAUAAUUGCAAAUUAAUAUUUAUUGAAAUAUGACCACUGCAAAGGAGUUGAUUAGGAUUUACCUUUAGCCAUGGCAAUUGUAAGUAAAACAAAAUUGAGACGACGAAACGAAAAAUUACACUUUCAGAUGAUUCAAGUUAGUCAUGUAGGGUAGGUAAAAUUUUUACAACAUUCAAUCGGUUUUUGUCUUUAAAAUAAAAAUAACCUGAUUGAAGGAUUUUUAAAUAAUAAUAAUACGAUCAUCAAUAUUAGUAAAAUAAUAAUUGUCUCCAUCAUUUAAUUAAUUAAAUCAAUAAGUUAAAAGUAUAUCUUUCGUAAGGUAUCGAAGUUUAUGACCGGAAGUUGACACAUCACUAACACUCGUUAAAAAUUCAUAUUAAGCGUACGCCACUGUCUGAUUUAUCAGACACGUAGUGAUGCAAUUAAUUAUCAUGAUUACUUGUGCGUUUUUUCGCUGUAUUAAUACGCCACUGAGAUUUCAAUACAUUUUAAAAUGUUUCAAGGAGUAACAAUAAUAAAAUAAAACCCAUGAACUUAAAAUAUAACUGUUUUAUAAUGAUUUAUUUAAUACAAAUUAAUAAUAUCGAUACUCAAUAUUGUCAACACUAGUAAAUCAACCACGUUUAUUGCCGUGGCGUGUGGUGAACGUUUUUGACGAAAACUCUUGGCGUGGAAAGGGUUAACUUAAAUUUUUAUGACUGAUUUUUAUAUAUAUUUUAUAGACUAUUACUCUGAAGUCAUAUCAGAGAAGUCAGACGCUUUCCAUGCGCCAGAACUUUUGUCAGACGCUUUAAAGCUCUAUCAAAAAAAAAUUAACUUAAUUUAUUUUUAAAUGUCUGACUUUUAUAUAUGUUAUUCAGAUAACUAUUACAAAGUUGUAUUAAA